UUUUCAAAACGGGUUAAGUUUCCUGUAAAUAUUUAAAUCAUAUAGUUUCUGAUAUUUAGGAGUUUAGUGAUGUACAACAGGCACACGACUAUCAGCCUUGAGGAAGCAGUUCAAUAUAUUUAUAAGUAUCCUCUGCUGCCGACUCCACUAAUUGAUUAUGGAUUUAUCUGCAAUCUGGUUUGCAAGAAACCCCGGGAUGUCAGUGUACCGUUGAUCUCGGAAAUUGAGUCGGAGUCCAAGUACAAGGAUAGUGCUCCCGAGAAGCCGAAGAAGGUGCCCAGGCUUUCAUACCAUUCCCGAUCGAGUUCAAUGAGUGAAGAUGAACCGGAACCGGAAGUGCAAGUAAAAUACCGUUGGAACUCGCCGCGGCUGAUGAUUCUCUGCGAAGAUGGAGACAUCAAUUGCGCCAUGCACUAUCUCGUCGAGUCCCUUCACGAUCCCUUUGCCUGCAAUGCGGUGGCCACUCUAUUCCUGCAGGAAUCGAUUCUGGAGGAGUUUGUGGAUCGAGUUAAGGAUCGCAUGGAACCGUUGAGCGCGGAUAUCUCUGGGCAUCCGGUUUAUAUAAAGACACUGGAGAGACUAAGCCACUUACAGGCGAAAACAAUAGUGGGAAAUCCCAAGACUGUUCCAGAGAAUGCUAGUCCCGUGCUGGUUUACGACCUGACCCAUCGCUACUUGGCCGAUGGACCCACCGGUGUCAUAACCUUGCACACCUUUCGAACCAUGAAGGAGGUAGUUGAGCUGCAGGCCAAGGAACCCCUUACUUUUACCUCCGUGAGCAUUUGGAACGAAAAGUUAGCCGCCGCCUACGAACUGGUGGCCCGAUUCACUCCGCUGAUCUUUACGAUUAAUUGCUACUACGUAAAUCUAAACGAAAUCAGCCUGCCCUUCAUUUGCAACUUCAACUCCGCUAAGAUCAUCGACGGCUACCACUACGAGUCGUUGACCUUUAGGGGAAAGCGCAAAGUGGUUGUGCAUCCCGUUGGCACCAUCUGGGCGAAGUUGGCCCGCGAGGCACUCGUCCAGUACUGAGUCUCCCAGCGGGGAACGUACUCCAACUUCUUUUGGCAGCCAAUUUAAAUUACUAGUCAUUGAUCUGGGGGCCCUGACUAAUUGACUUUCCGGCUGGGCAACUCAAUUAUCAAUGUCAUUGCUUCAAAACGUCUGGCCGUCCUAAGAGUUUUGGUCUAUACUUUUCCGGGGAAACUCAGCAGGCCUUUUCCCCGAGCAUGAUCAAUGGAAAUUAUGAGUGACUUUGUAUGGCGAUAUUAAAAAUUCUUUCUGCGAAGUAA